CCCGCAACAACACCACAGCCAUGCUGCUCUCCAACGCUCUCACUCUAGCGGCCCUCCUCUCACCCACCGCCGCCUCCCUCUCCACCUUUCCCGCAGAAGCCCUCCACAAUCUCCUCUCCCGCCAAACUUCCUCUUACGACGACAAAAACGCCUGCCAGAACGGCAUCAUCUCCUCCUGCUCCGGCAGCAAUCCCUCCGAGAGCGCAUGCAAGAACGCUGCCUGCAGCAACAGCUGCUUCUCCUUUAUUUCCGGUCUAAAAACCUGCUGCGACUCCACUUCUUCCUUUAGCGAUUUCAGCAAAUGCCUCGACGACAAACUCAGGAAUGGCGGCCUCUCCGCGAACCCCAUCACGGCCGCCGCGACCGUCACCAGGUCAACCACGACUACUAUUACUACCGGGGGUUCGACGACCACUUCGACCGGUCUCGUGACGAGUACACUAUCUUAUGACCUUCUCUCGCCUCAGCCUCGUCCGGUUAACACUGGCGGCGCCGAGCGCCUUGAGGCGGGGCAGAUGGGGUUGGUGGGAUCGGCCUUUGCCUGGGCUUUGGGGCUCUUGCUUCUCUAAUGGCAAAAUUUAAAAACCAUCCUUCCACGUUUCUUUUCUCCCUCUGCCUGUGUCCGCUUUGGGGAGAAGUGCUUGCGGGAGCGACGGAGAGGGCAAACUCUUCUGACUCCAAAAUGCAUUCUCAUCUCACUUUGAAAUCUGCGAGCAAUCACGAAAAUUAGAACGGUGAUCAAAUAUGGUUGCGUUGAUGAUUAUGAUAUCUUAUCUUCGGGAGACAAGAGAUAGACUCCGUGGAACGAACAGACGAAACAAAAGCUAGUAAAAAAUCAAAUCACUUUCUUGCGACAAUAUACAUCUACAAUUUUGAAUUCUACUUUGCAC